AUGGUAGACGAGCUCACCGGAGAACGAGUGAAGCUGGAGUGUGUAAAUUGGGCAGGGCACCUCGAGCCAAUAUUCGUAGAGGGACUUGAUAAAAGGCCCUUGGGCCAAAUUGCAAGAAAUGUAUCUACAAUGGGCUUUAAUUGUGUUCGGCUUACGUGGGCUACCUAUAUGGUAACACGACAUGCCAAUCUCACGGUAACCCAAUCUUUUCGCGAUCUUGGGCUUGAAGAUGCCAUGGCGGGCAUAGCCAAGAACAACCCUGAUCUUGUGAACCUUACCGUCGUCAAUGCCCAAAAUUCCGUCAUCGAAGAGCUUGGUUUGUGUGGCAUUAUGGUGGUUCUUGAUAAUCAUGUUAGCCAGCCAAUCUGGUGUUGCAGUGAUGAAGAUGGGAAUGGAUUCUUCAAGGAUAAGUUUUUUUUACCCCCAUAG